AUGUGCCCAGAGGAUGAGCUGGGCUGGAGCAUGUCCCCAGCUGGGCAAGUAGCAGCUGCAGUGAUGGCUGCCAUCGAUGCUGCAUACCACCACUUUGAUUGUGCCUACGUGUACCAGAAUGAGAGUGAAGUCGCAGAAGGGAUCGGACAGAAAAUCAAGGAAGGCGUUGUGGAACAAGAUGACCUCUUCAUUGUCAGUAGGGCCAUGGAAGAGUUGAUGGACUGUGGUCUGGUAAAAGCCAUUGGAAUCUCAGUUAACCAUGAGCAGAUUGAAAGAAUCUUGAACAAGCUGGGGCUGAAACAGAAGCCUGCAAAUAACCAGGUAAGCUGCUACCCAUACCUCGCCCAGGAGAAGCUGAUCAAGUACUGUCACUGCAAAGGGGCUGCCAUGACAGCAUACAGUCCCCUUGGCUCUCAUGAAAGGCCAUGGGCUAAGCCAGAGGAGCUGGAUGACCCCAAGAUCAAAGAGAUUGCAGCCCAGCACAACAAAAUGAUAGCACAGAUUCUCCUUUGCUUUCAGAUCCAGAGAAAUGUGAUUGCAAUUCCCAAGUCUGUCACACCACAGCGCGUUGUGGAGAACUUCAAGGUGUUUGACUUCAAAUUGACUAAAGAGGAGAUGGCAACUAUUUUCACCUUUAACAAAAACUGGAGAGCCUGUACAACAAGCAUGUGCAAAACUUACAAGGAGUACCCUUUCAAUGCAGAAUACUGA